AUGUCGUCGGAAAAAGAGAAAGAUUAUCCAAAGAGUGACAUUACGAUCCACAUAAUGGAUGAUGGUCAGAAGGCGUCAACCAUAGAACGCUUUUGCAAAGAUGUUCAGGCGCCCGCUGUUCACAUACCAACCUCCGAAGAGUUCUUUGACAAGAAUGAUCCCGAGAAACCAAACAUCAAUUAUUUGAAGAAUCAUUUUUGUCGUGAGGGUAGAAUUUCCGAUGAACACGCAUUAUACAUCAUUAACAAGUGCACGGAAAUAUUAAAGAAGGAAAGUAACUUGCUAGAAGUGGACGCACCAAUAACAGUUAUGAAUUUUUUUCGCGCAUGUAAAGAGAACGCCGUUGGUGGAAAUCCGGCUGAAACUAGUUAUCUCUUCCUUGGGGAUUACGUUGAUAGAGGUUAUUUUUCUAUCGAGAUAUGGUAUCCCAACACAUUAUUCUUAUUGCGUGGUAAUCACGAAUGUCGUCAUUUAACAGACUAUUUUACAUUCAAGUUGGAAUGCAAGCACAAGUAUUCUGAAGAAGUCUACGAUGCCUGCAUAGAAUCAUUCUGCGCCCUUCCACUGGCGGCCAUAAUGAACAAGCAAUUCCUGUGCAUUCACGGUGGUUUGUCACCGGAACUUAACACCUUGGAUGACUUGCGUGAAAUUAAUCGAUUCAGGGAGCCACCCACACACGGACUAAUGUGCGAUUUGCUUUGGGCCGAUCCUUUGGAAGAAUUUGGACAGGAAAAAACGAACGAGAGUUUUGUGCACAACCACACAAAAACCACGGGAUUCCCAUCUGUCAUGACAAUCUUUUCCGCACCCAACUACUUGGAUGUGUAUAACAACAAGGCUGCGGUAUUAAAGUAUGAGAAUAAUGUCAUGAACAUUCGUCAAUUCAAUUGCACGCCUCAUCCAUAUUGGUUGCCAAAUUUCAUGGAUGUUUUCACUUGGUCCUUGCCUUUCGUUGGCGAAAAGAUCACAGAUAUGCUCCUAGCAAUAUUAAACAUUUGCAGUAAGGAGGAACUGUCAGAUCACGAGCUUACUGCUGAACCCGAACCUAAAGUGGUCGAACUACCGAGUGAUGGUUCAGAGAGGCGCCAUGUCAUCAAGAGCAAGAUCAUGGCAAUUGGUAAAAUGGCUAGGGUGUUCUCUAUUCUCAG